AAUACCAUCAAUGACAUUCAAAACAACUUGACUACUAUAUAUAUACACUUCUAAAUCAUGGUAAUUGCGAAAAAACAAAACAAUUCAAAGAAGAAGUUAAAAAUUAAUCAUAAAGAAUGGAUACUAAGAAAAUUUUCAUGGUAUUUUUCAUAAUGACCACUUUAGUAUCAUAUGUGUAUCCAAGUUCUGGUCAAGAAGAUGUUGACGAUGAACCACUGGUCCAUCCGGGUCGCGAGUUUGAUUCAUUGGAUGCGAUAUCACCGGCUUCGCAAGAUUACAAUAUUUAUAUGCUCGAGAACCUCCCACCAAAAUACAAAAUGUAUCUUGAAACCUGCAUGGACAAGAUGAAGCCCAUUGGGAAAUGUGGUUUCGAUGAUGUUAUUAAAGAGAUUCUUACAAAUGAACCUGUUUCAAGAGAGUGUUGUCUGAAGGUAGUAAUAGCUGGAAAAGAAUGCUACUUGGAGAUUAAUAAGUUGAUGUUUCGAUUGUAUCAACUCAAACGCUUUGCUUCUCAAGUUUCUUUAGAAAUUAAUGAGGUUUGGAACAGAUGUUCUGCAGAAGUUGAAAGUCCUUCGUCAUCUGAUGAUUUUGAGAUUUAGUUAUCUUUACUGAUUCUUUU